AUGGCAGAUCCACAGAAACUCCUGUCUUGGUACACUGGCCUGUACUCCCGUACCGUCGACCUCGUUGGCGACUAUGCAGGCAGUGAGCUCUUCAUCAUCGAAGGAGACUCACUUCUCUUGCACUGCUUCGCCGACGAUCAACUUGAUUUCUCCAAUGGCUUUCAGCUGCUUCAUGCCACUUACAUCGUGGAGCGGUUGCUAGCACAGCUUCGACAACGAAACUGCAAUUUUCACAUCGUCUUCUUCGGCAACAACUCGGGGGCAUCUAUUCCACCACAUGCUGAUGAAUCAUCGUUGCCGAAGUACCGUUUAGCUCGUGAAGCCAUUUUACAGCAUCUCCAACAGAAUGCUCCUAAGGCUUUCCCAUCCAUGCAAGUGAGAUGCUUUGAUACAUACAACUGCUCUGAUUUUGAGGAAUAUCUUACUUCGGAGGGGGUCUAUUUUAUCAUGUGUCAUGAUGGUGCCUUGUCAAGUCCUAGCGGGCAGGACGGAGCAUUUGGUAGAGCUCUAGAAGACCCCGAGAAAGUACUGUCAGAAGAUAGCUCAGACAGUGGCUGUGAUGAAACUUUCGAUAGCGCUCUUCCCUCGUUUUGGACGAAUAGAGUUACGCUCAGGUCGAUGAUACACUGGUUUAUCGCACAUGGCUUCAAUACCUCUUUGUUGAACAGCUUGGAGUGUCGUGAUACCAAGGUGUUUACUAUGGUUCUAGAGGGCUCCGCAGAACGGGCACAGAAUCUUUUCUGCGUGGAUUCUGUUAGCCUGGACAUUGCGGAUGAUACGGAAUCAUCUGACUCUGAUACAGAAGAAGUGAUAUCUGAAACCAAUCUGGUGCAUUGUCACGUCGAAGCUAGCCCCAGUGCUCAAAGACCUUCCCCCACUAUCCCUUCCUCAGUCGAGCCUACUCUACGCAAUUUCCCGCGUAUCUUGGGCGCCACUGAUCACACUCUCACUCAGCGAGAGUGGGCCACAGUCCUAGCAGCAAGUGUCCUGCUAACUUCUGACUGCCGCGAAGAGAAUGAGAUGUUGGGGCUACGUGCUCUGUUGAUACACACAAUCAUUCUGAGUGAGUGCGAACUUGAAAACCGCGUGUAUGAUCCCAAACACCGUCGUCCUGGUGAAUUGUUGCUGGUAAAAUAUGUUGAAGUAUUUCGGAGUGUCAUCACAUCACAGUUGUGGCAUGAGGUUAUGAGGACUAGACCCCUGACCUGUGAUGUGGCGGAUCUGAUUGACGGGCGGUUGUUUCUUGAGAUGAUGCAAUUGCAAAUAAUCUGUCCGUCUGAUCUUGAAUGCUCCUUCAGCCAAUCAGUCGUGGAUAGAUUCUCGCUGCUUGCCUCACUAGUGAAAGGCAUAUGUGGCGUCGAAAUUGCUAGCUUUCAAGUGAGAGCCAAAACUAGCGGUAGCAAAGCAAGCAGCAAUAAGAAAACUAGGAGUUCGGGCAGGUGUCAAGUUUUUAGUCGGACAAAGGCAACUGCCGUGCUCCCUUUCGACAACCCCGACUUUGACAGCCAUCUCAAGCCGAUAUCGCUUGCCAUUGACAAAUCUGCUGCUGGGAAGGAACUUGCAGUGUCGCGAAUUUUUCAGGAAAUCAGCCACUGGCAUAAUCAUCGCAGACUGCUAGGUCAGCGGAAUGCAAUUCCUCCUUCGGAGUGGCUUCUUCGCCGUAACCAGAAGUUCAUGGCCGAAACUGAGCAGUAUGCUGCCAGUCUCACAGAUGCGAAACCAGAGUCAAUUUUUGUAAAGACUAACCUCAAGGUCUUGCCAAGGAAAAAUCCGGCCUCUGAAGCUAUGGAGAGAGACAGGACCUCUCUAUCCACGAAGAAUGGCCCAAAACAGACAAGACAACCAAAGGCCAGCGCAUCUGCGUCGGUUAAAGCGGAGGCAGAAGUUCACUUCCGGGAACAACGGGAGAAAAACCUUGAAAGACAAUUGAAAGCAUGGAAAGCUAAACGCCAUGGUAUCGAGCAUGCCGACAAUCUGGUCCAGAGAUAUCAAGAUGCUUCCGAGUAUCUCCACAGCUUAAAGAGAAAGGGAGACUGUCUGAUAGAGCUAGACAUACUCGCCUAUCUCAUAAUGACCCUGGCGCAGCUGUGGAAAACCAAGUGCGAAACAGAGAAGAAUAAGCCUAUGGGGAUAGUGGCACUCAUAUGGUUCCUGAUUCUUAAGAUCUCAAAGGCGAAACAAGGCAUUACGAUCGGCAUUCGAUGCUUUGUUGAAGAAACUAUCAAAGCGCUCAAUCUCCCACGUAUUGACAUCCCCUGCCACAGUUCAGGAAAAGCUACAUCCUCAUUCACACCAAUACCUUCACAGCACGCCAACUUGCAAACGGGCCUGUCACAAGUUGAGUUUCAGCUUGUUCAUGCGGGUCCAUACUUUGAUCGAAAUAUGGAAUCGGCACCAGACCCUCGUGUUCAUGAUUUUGAACCUGAUCGGUGGCAGAGAGAUAUCUUGGACCAAAUCGACGCUAAAGCGAGUCUUUUCGUUGUCGCUCCCACCAGUGCAGGAAAGACUUUCAUAUCAUUCUAUGCUAUGAAACAGAUCCUCGAGAGCAGUGACGACGGGGUCUUGGUGUACGUUGCCCCGACUAAAGCACUCGUUAACCAGAUCGCCGCCGAGGUCCAAGCAAGAUUCAGUAAGAGCUACAAAUACGCUGGAAAGUCUGUCUGGGCUAUCCAUACCCGUGAUUACCGCAUCAACAACCCAACUAGCUGUCAGAUUUUGAUCACAGUGCCACACAUCCUUCAGAUUAUGCUUCUUGCUCCGUCAAAUGCGGACUCGUGGGCGUCUCGCAUUCAGCGUAUCAUUUUCGAUGAAAUCCACUGCAUUGGACAAUCAGAUGAUGGAGUGGUAUGGGAGCAAUUGCUUCUUCUUGCACCGUGCCCUAUCAUUGCACUUUCCGCGACGGUCGGUAAUCCCGAAGAAUUCAGUAACUGGUUGAGGUUGACUCAGAAUGCAAAUGGCCAUGAACUGAAAAUGAUUGAGCACAAAACGAGAUGGUCGGAUUUGAGAAAGUUUGAAUACAGACCUCCAUCCACUUUCAUCUUUAACGGGCUAUCGAAUGUCACUCAUCUAGCUGCACUCGGCCUCGAUGCCUGUCCAAACAUGUCCUUUAUACAUCCUGUGGCAAGCCUGACCAACCGAUCUCGUGGAUUCCCGGACGAUCUGACUCUCGAGCCGCGUGACUGUUGGACACUUUGGAAGGCCAUGGACAAGUACAAAACAGCAGAUUAUCCGCUUGAUAAGGCGUUGGAUCCGUCAAACGCGCUGCCAGGUGUCAUAUCCAAAGCCAACAUAUUGGAGUGGGAGGUCAAACUGAAGCUGGUACUGAAACAUUGGAUGAACAUCUCAGACUCUCCAUUUGAUGCUGUUGUAUCGGAACUCUCACGAGGAAGCUAUGUAGAGAAGAACGACAACGUGCAGGUAUCGUCUGGCAAACUCGGCCAGUCAGAUGAGCCCCGCGCAGUGAAUAACACACUUCUCAGCACAACACUGCCCCUGAUCUGUUCUCUCCAUGACCAAGACGCCCUACCAGCUAUUUUCUUUAAUUAUGAUCGAAGUCAGUGUGAGAGGAUGUGUCAGCAUAUUCUUGAUGAACUGGAACAGUCCGAGGCCCGGUGGAAGUCCUCAAGUACAAGCUGGGCGAGCAAGAUUAGUGAGUGGGAAAAGUGGAAGAAGUCGGAAGAAAAGCGCCCCAAACAAAAAAAACCUGUUAAAGGGAAAAGCCGAUCUGAAGACAGAGAUGAAAAUAUGUCCAGAGCAGAACAGAUGCGUGAGACUGCGUCUGCAGAAUCGAGUUGGCACGCAUCGUUUGACCCAGAUGAGCCAAUAUCGAGGUUUUCCCUAGCUGAUAAGAAGAAGCUGGCGGGUUCUGAGUUUGAGGAACAUGCUCAAGAGCUGCGGAAACGGCAGGUCUCUCCUCGGUUGAUUGAUGCUAUGAAGCGUGGGAUCGGUGUCCAUCACGCUGGUAUGAAUCGCAAGUACCGACAGGUUUGUGAGAUGCUCUUCCGCAGGGGCUACCUCCGGGUUGUCAUCGCCACAGGUACAUUGGCUCUUGGUAUCAAUAUGCCAUGCAAAACCGUCGUCUUCGCCGGUGAUUCUGUCUUUCUAACGGCGCUUGGAUUUCGGCAAGCAGCUGGUCGAGCUGGACGCCGAGGCUUCGACUUCCUAGGAAACGUGGUCUUUCAGUGUCUUCCGGAUUCCAAGAUUCACCGUCUACUCAGCUCGAAGCUUCCAAGCUUGAAUGGCCAUUUUCCGUUGUCUACCACUCUAGUACUACGACUUUUCAUUCUGCUUCAGAAGUCUAAUCGGUCUAAUUUUGCCGUCCAAGCCAUCAACUCGAUUCUUUCAUGCCCACGGAUUUACCUGGGAGGGCCAGAGGCCAAACAUACUGUUCUCCAUCACCUGCGGUUCUCGAUCGAAUACCUCCGUCGCAAUCAGCUCCUCGACGCUAGCGGUCGUCCCCUCAAUUUUUCGGGCACUAUAUCGCAUCUAUACUACACCGAAAAUUCGAGCUUUGCAUUCCAUGCGCUCCUCAACGGUGGAUACUUUCACCGUCUGUGCAAGAAUAUCGGCAAGAAACCCAAAGAAACUCUACUCACAUUGAUGCUUGUUAUGUCGCACUUAUUCGGUCGCAAGUAUCUACCUCCAGUUGCCCUUGAGAACCUCCGAACCUCUGAGAAGAAAUCCCCAUCUGUUGUGAUUCUUCCAAGUCUUCCGAAGGAGGCAGCUAGUAUCUUGCGCAGUCAUAACAAGAAGACUCAAGAUAUUUACACAUCUUAUGUCACCACCUUUGUUGAGCAGCACAUCAUAGAUCCAGGCUGUUUUCUCCCGCUGACAGGAAUGAAAUGCGGUGGCGACAAAUCUCCGGAGGGAAUCAGCCACGCACUGCCCGUUACUCCUCCGACCCGAGUCACAUCGUCAUUCGCGGCACUUUCUGGUCAUGGCGAUAAAUGGCGGAGCAUAUCUGACCUUUGCAAUAAGGUCCGCAGCGGUGUCUGGCUAGAACAGGCAGUGGUACCGUAUGUGGGACUUUACCCGGAAGAGGGCAAACUUCCACUCAAUGCGUAUCUAUAUGAUUUCUUCAAACACGGAAAUGUAAAGGCAUUGGAGAAGGGAAAUAUGAUCCGCAGGGGUGAUAUCUGGUUUCUCCUGAACGACUUUUCCCUGGUCCUUGCCACCAUUGUCACUGAUUUCGAGAACUAUCUCAAGCUGUCCCCAAGCAUUGACCUGGACUUGUUGGAUGUGGCUGGUAGUGGUGAUGUGCACGAGAUCGACUUGGAUGAUAGUGCUUAUGAUGCAAACGAUCCCCUGCCAGGGACAGCCGCGAAAUCAGCCCAUUUACCCCAAGUCCGGAUGCAAGCCACAACCAAGCCCCCGCUCACUUCGGCAUCCGCCAAUCCAAAGAAAGCGAAGGUAGCAGACAGCUGGGAAGAUGAGUUGAAUGACGAUGAAGAAAGUGAGAACAAGGUACCCGAGAGAGAGGAAAAUGCAAAGGCCACUAACAAUCCCACUUCCUCCACUUUACCGAGUGAUACUGAGCAGGGAUUUUUGCAAGUCUUGAGGGCGUUCAGAAUGCUUCAAGCUGAGUUCAAUGAGAAGUUCAAGGCCAUGUGGGCAUAA